UGUAAAAUGACUAUUACUCAAUAAAAAAAGUUUUAAAAAAAUAGGAAACACAAGAGAACUUUACCAAAAAAUUCAAAUUCAUAUUUUCAGAAUUUAAACAGACAGUUGGUUUAUAAAAUAAGAACAGGGUGCUGUGAAAGGGAGCAAUUGGAGAACAAGAGAAAGUCCUUGGAAAAUAGAAAUAACAAGGCAAAAUUUAAACUUUAAUAGAUGCCAGCUGCUCAGCUCAGUCUCCGCGCCUCACCCAGACUUUGAUGGAACCUGGGACACAGCGCUCGUGCCCCACCCUCAUUCCCCCAUAACCCCGGCCCCCCUCCCUGCUGUAAAAGAAUCGGAACCUCACCCCCGCCUCCCCAACCCGGGUAACGGAACCACAUUCCGGUCCAUCCCAGAGCUGCCGCCCUGACCGGAGUCACCUGCCUCCGGCCACCCUGAUCGCCCACUCUGGGUCCUCCGCUUCCACGCUGCCUUCGUCCUGGCCUUGAUGCCCCUACCGCCAGCCGUGAUGCCCGCCGGGCCCUCGCAGGGGCGCCAGAACUACCACCCCGACUGCCAGGCCGCCACCAACAGCCCCGUCACCCUGGAGCUCCACGCCUCCUACGUGUGCCUGGCCAUGGCCUUCUACCUCGACCGCGACGACGUGGCCUUGAAGCACUUGGCCCGCUUCUUCCUGCGGCGCUCGCGGCACCUGGGGGAACGGGCCGAGAGCCUGAUGCGCCUGCAGAACCAGCGCGGGGGCCGCCUCUGCUUCCACGACAUCAGGAAGCCAGACCGCGACGCCUGGGAGAGCGGCCUCCAGGCCAUGCAGUGUGCCUUGCGCCUAGAGAAGCACGUCAACCAGAGCCUGCUCGACCUGCACCAGCUGGCCAGCGAGAAGAGCGACGCCCACCUGUGCCACUUCCUGCAGAGCCACUGCCUGAACCAGCAGGUCGAGUUCAUCAAGGAGCUGGGGGACCACAUCACCACCCUGCGCAAGAUGGGGACCCCGGAAGUCGGCAUGGCGGAGUACCUCUUCGAGAAGCUCACCCUGGGCGACAGUGACAAGAACUGAGCCUGGACUGCACUUCCCCGUGGUCACGGGGUGACUUCCCGAGGUCACCCUGCCUGGCAUGCAUACGGCAAUAUUGCCUUUGCAAAAAAAAAAAAGUUCACUUAAGUUUUUCUUCUUUCAUUGUUACCAUUUCUUCCAAUAAAGUUAUUGGUUCUUAAAUAAAGGUCUCUGGUUGAUUCGCGUGUGCACAUCUCUCUUUGUAAGUGUAAAACAGGUAUCCAGGAGUCU